ACGAUGGUCCUGUCAGAGGCUUUGUACGUCCCUUUGUAACGGGCCUGCAGCGCCCCCGUCGGGCGCUCUCCGCUCAGACACCCCGGCUCAGGCCGGCCGGCGCUUUGCGGGCGGCGGAGCAGGCCGGCUGCGGGAGUUGCGCGGGGCCCGCUGGGACUUGCAGGGCGGGCUCCUCUGCUGCAGCCCAGCGCGUCUCUCUCCACGCACCGCUCUGGGGUACAGCCACUACGGCCUAGGUUACCCAGAAGGCCUCGCGUCCGGAGUCCUGAGGGCCAAUCACAGACCGAGUGCCCCCCCAAGAAACUACCAUGCCCAGCAUGCCUCAGGGCACACGGCGCGCCCCCGGUGAGCGGUGGCCAAUGGGAGGCGGUGCAGGCCGCUUUGGGGCGGGGCUGUCUCUGCGGCCUGUGCGGGGCGCAGGCUGGGGAGCUGCUGGGCGUGCUGCGGAUGUAUAAGGAGUAUCGGGGCUGCGCGGCCCGGAGGGCGGCAGGAUUAAACCAGCUGCCCUUUGAUCCUGCCACUAACAACGGACCUCUGCAGUUUACCAACACCACUGGCCCUCUGGUUUCUGAAAGUGCAGUUGAGAAUGGAGGGGAAUCAAGCAAGAAGAGAAAGAGAACAAACAUUCCUGCAACAGAUGGUGUUAGAAAUCUGAAUGCAGACUCCACCCCAAUGGGCUUGCCUAUGUCGGACCUCACUGCAUGGGCCACCGCGAUGAACAAUCUAGGGAUGGCACCGAUGGGAAUGUCAGGGCAGCCUCUGCUGCCUGACUUUGAUCCUGCACUUGGAAUGAUGACGGGAAUUCCACCUAUCAACCCCAUGAUGCCCGGCUUGGGGAUAGUUCCUCCACCUAUUCCUCCAGAUAUGCCAGCAGUGAAGGAGAUUAUUCACUGCAAAAGCUGCACCCUUUUCCCACCCAACCCAAAUCUUCCUCCUCCUGCAACGAGAGAGAGGCCCCCAGGGUGCAAGACGGUAUUUGUAGGAGGACUACCAGAAAACGGGACCGAGCAGAUCAUUGUGGAGGUUUUUGAGCAGUGUGGAGAGAUCAUAGCUAUUCGGAAGAGUAAAAAGAACUUCUGCCACAUCCGCUUUGCUGAGGAAUUCAUGGUGGACAAGGCACUCUAUCUCUCUGGUUAUCGUAUCAGGCUAGGCUCCAGCACCGACAAAAAGGAUACCGGACGCCUCCAUGUGGACUUUGCUCAGGCUCGGGAUGAUCUGUAUGAGUGGGAGUGUAAACAGCGGAUGCUGGCACGAGAGGAGCGCCAUCGCAGAAGAAUGGAGGAGGAGAGAUUCUGUCCUCCUUCUCCACCCCCUGUUGUCCACUACUCUGACCACGAGUGCAGCAUUGUCGCUGAAAAGCUGAAAGACGAUUCCAAGUUCUUGGAAGCAGUGCAGACCUUGGUGACUUGGAUAGAACGUGGGGAAGUGAACAGGCGGAGUGCAAACAACUUCUACUCCAUGAUCCAGUCAGCUAACAGCCACAUUCGCAGAUUGAUGAACGAGAAAGCAGCCCAUGAGAAAGAGAUGGAGGAAGCUAAGGAGAAGUUUAAGCUUGCUCUUUCAGGGAUUCUAGUUCAGUUUGAGCAGAUAGUGGCUGUGUACCAUUCCGCCUCCAAACAAAAGGCUUGGGACCAUUUCACGAAAGCUCAGCGUAAGAACAUCAGCGUGUGGUGCAAACAAGCCGAGGAAAUCCGCAACAUUCAUAACGAUGAACUCAUGGGUAUUCGAAGAGAGGAGGAAAUGGAAAUGUCUGACGAUGAGAUAGAAGAUCCCUCAGAAACGAAAGAAACAGAAGAAUCAGCACUGAUAUCCCAGGCAGAGGCCCUAAAGGAGGAAAACGACAGUUUGCGCUGGCAGCUGGAUGCCUACAGGAAUGAGGUGGAGCUGUUAAAGCAAGAGCAGGGAAAAGUGAACAGAGAUGAAGACACAACUAGAGAGCAGCAGUUGAAACUCCUCCAGCAAGCUUUGCAGGGAAUGCAGCAGCAUCUUCUGAAAUUGCAAGAGGAAUACAAAAAACGAGAAGCCGAGCUAGAAAAAGUGAAGGAAGACAAAGUACAAAUGGAAAUGUUGUUAGAAACCCUGAAGGAGCAGCAAGAGAUGGCAGAUGAAGAGGACAAGGAGAGAGACGUGGUUGAUAAUCAAGGAAAUGAGAGCAGUACUUACAGGAUCUGUGCAUCUAGCCAGGAGAAGGAAUGCCCACUUGAGAGGACUCUGAGCUGUAGCCCUGUCAAAUCUGAACGAGAAGCUUUAUUAGUAGGUAUAAUUUCAACAUUUCUUCAUGUUCACCCAUUUGGAGCAAGCAUAGAGUACAUCUGUUCCUACUUACAGCGACUCGACGCCAAGAUUUGUCCCACUGAAGUGGAAGUUCUGAUGAGCAGACUGCAGCACACCUUCAAACAAGAGCUGAGUGGAGUUGGGGCUAGCCUGGAGAAAAGGUGGAAAUUUUGUGGCUUUGAUGGACUGAAAAUGACUUGACUUUUCAGCUUGAUUGGCUUUGGACGUUGAAAAUAAUCACAGAAUAUGUACCUCAGACAAACCUAGGAUGUUACUGUAACCUACAUAUACAAUGGUUUUCAUGAAUAAAUUAUAAAUACUUUUAUGGACUAUCCCAUGACUGAAAUCACAGAUGUAAAAUAGCACCUAGCAGGAGACUCAUGGAAGAAAUUCAAAUGAAUCUUGGGUGCUGUAACAUUUUUGUUCAGUUGUCUUCUGUCUUGUACUUAAGUACUGUUCAACAUGUUCUAUGAACAAAGUCUUUGCUACUGUUUGACUUUUUGAUAUAUUUUAAACCUAGCUAACUAACUAAUGUGUUGACAAUUUGUAUGCGUUUUGUGUCCCCAGUCUCUCUCACCCUGCAUGUUUUUGCUGUUAAGAGCAGCCAUACACUGUAAUUUGGAAUAGCAAAAAAGAGACUUUCUGGCUUCUAGCAUUAACGGAAGGGGAAAAAUCAGUAUUUUCUACAUUUAUAUGCUAGAAAUUCUGCACAUUUUAAAAGAGAAGAGGAGGUUUAUAUGACUUUGCAAAAUGCUUAUGAGCCUAAAGGUCACUUACUUUACAAAGCUAUUUUCUCUACUGUAUCAGAUAUGAGACUUUUUCAGAUUUAAAAGCAAACCUAGAUUAAAGCCAGUGUCAUGGCAGCAGCACAGUGUGACAUGUGUCCACACUGUGCGGAAUCAUUUUGUAAAUAAUCUGAUUUUAAAGGGGAAGGGUAUUUAAUUUUCUAUACAUCUGGGAAACAAGAGUCCUAGUAAAUGACUGUAUUUUAAUAGUGACCUCUCCUUUGGGUUUACCAUUGUCUGUCUUUCGUUGCCUUUCUCUUGCUGAACUGUGGAAGAACUGCUGCUGCAAGUGUCAUAAACAGCAUUUCCCUCCUCCUGAAUGUUUCUAAAGAGCAGAUCUGUGUAUUCAUAGCAAACUUGAACUGCUCAAACCAUGAACUGGGAUUCCUGAGACAUGGGGAGAUAUGAGACCACAACCUCCACUUACAAAUAGUGCCUGCCAGACACCACCCCAUUGGCAUGGUUGUGUAUCCCGUAUCAUUUCCUGUGGAGAUGGAGACAACUAAUGGAACCGUUCUCUUCAGAUCUGCUCUGUGAGAUUCAGGCUGCGUUGGCCUGUGGUGCUUUGGGGUGUGGGUCACUCGCUCUCACGAGUCCUGGUGCUUGUGCUGACUAAGCAGAAAGCAGGUGGAAAGCAUUUCAGGGAACCCCUUUGUAAAUGCCCAUGUCACAGCUGUUGAAAGUUGUAUUUUUAAAAAUAAAUCUUUUUUACAUCCUA